AUGCAGCAAACAGAACAGGCGUGGGAACUAAUUAAGCAGGAAAUCAAUGAAGGUAGAAUAAAUAGACUGCAACUCUCCAGUAUUCUGAAUAAAUUGAGUUUGAAAGAGAGGAAGAACAUCUUAAAACUGGCAUGCAAUCUCAUAUCCAGAUCACUAAAGCAGAACGAAGUAUCAUUAAGCGAGAUAUACAUCUGUGGGAAAAAGAUGCAAAAAAGGCUUUCCACUGUUCUUUCUGUAUUAAAUAUACAACCCGGCCAAGAGAAGCAUCUGUCAAAGCUGCCUAUAUAUGCAACAGUGAAAAAGGCCGUGCUAAGGCUAGCAGAAGAGAAAGCCGAGAAUGAAAUCUCUGAAAUAGCCAAAGAUGUGACCAGUGCAAUACGGUCCGGAUUACCUGCUAAUAAAAACAAUAACUUAAAAGUACAAAUACUCUUACUAAAAAGAAUAGGAAGAAUGGCAAAUGUGGAAAAAGAAGUGCUCAGUGCAUACCGCGAAGAAAUGCCCUACUUCAUUGCAGAGAUAAAGUCAGUGUAUGGAUCAGAGAAUGUAGAAACUGCACAGAAAAAAUAGAAUAUCUAAAAAAAAUACCAGGAUUUCUUUGCUGGGUAGGGGUAGAAGCA